AUGGCCACCUCCCCCAGGCUACCGCCGCCAGCGGGACGCCGUAGCCGGAGAAUACCCAGGGCGACCUCCUCUACCCUCUUCACCCUCCUCCUCUCCCUCGCCUUUGUCCACCUCACAUCGGCGCAACUUACCGUAUACACGGACAAACCCUCCCCUUCGACCACAGUCACAUCCCGCGCGGCAUCAGCAUCAUGGACGGGUCUUCCUAUCUACGACCCACUCCAGCUUAUCCCCCCCACACCCCCCUCGCCAGCCGUCACCGCUGUCAAUAUUCCCAUCCCCCCAAACUCGGCCGCUCUCCACGCCUCCAAUCUCUCCUUAUCGGUGCCGCAAAAAGGCAACUUCCUCGGCUUCUCGGUCGAAUUGUCGGUAGCGGACACGCUGAUGGGUCCGAGCGGGGACCACCUCCGCCCCGAGUUUCUCAACUAUCUCAACAACAUCCAAGUCCGGGCGGGCGCAGGCGCGGUGAUCCGUGUGGGCGGAAAUACUCAGGACAGCUCCACCAUCUACCCAGAGGGGUUUGGUAACGGCAAGGUGGUGGAGAAGAUUAGGACGGAGGGGUCGGGACCGACGUCGACGCCAUGGAUCAACUAUGCCCCUGGCUUGUUGUAUACCAUGGCAAAUGUCAGUCGCCUGACCCACGCGGAAUGGUACUUUGGUCUGGCUUUCAACUAUACCGAUGCGUUGAUGGACUGGCAAAACAUCCCGCUGGCGGCGAGCUAUGCGCAGAGGAUAUUGGGAGGUAAUCUGCGAGGAUUGGCUUUGGGGAACGAGCCGGAUCUGUACACCGAUCACGGAGACAGACCAGCAGGAUGGGGACCGAACGACUACAACUCGGAAUGGACGACCGUCAGUCAGCACGUUCUCGAUAGCAACAGCCCGUCCAACCAGGCCAUGUUUAUCGGGCCCUCGACCUGCUGCAAUCGCGUAGGCUUCGAGCUGCCCGAUAUCGUCAAUACCGGCUGGCUCGUCGCCAACGCGCACAAGCUCGCUCAGAUCUCGGUCCAGCACUACCCAAACAACAACUGUCAGCUCAACGGACGGCCCAUCGACCCACAGUCCAUCUUUGCCGAGUACCUGAACCACACCAGUGCCAAGUCGUUGACGUCGCAGUACGCCGACGAGGCGGCGGUGGCGGCGGGAGCAGGGAAGGAUCUGGUCAUGCUGGAGAUGAACACGGCAAGUUGUGGAGGGUUUCCGGGAUUGUCGACGAGUUUCGGUGCGGCCUUGUGGAUGACCGACUGGGCUCUUCAGAUGGCAUCCUACAACUUCACCACUGCCCUCAUGCACGUCGGAGGUCAGAACGUCUACUACAAUCCCUUCACACCUCCUCCUGGAAACCUCACAAACGUGUACCAGUGGACCACCGGCUCGGUCUACUACUCGACCCUCCUCGUUGCCGAGAUCUUUGGUCAAUCCAACACCUCCCGCAUCACCGAUCUCGACGUCCAGGGCGACGCACACACCGACCUGCACCCCGCCUACGCCGUCUACGAGGACGAUGUGCCUUCGCGGGUGGUCCUCUUCAACUUUGCCAGUGACCCCUCGGGCGCGUCGACCUACCAGGCGACACUCUCCAUCCCGGGUGGCAACCUCGCUGGGUCGGUCCACGUACGGUACUUCCUCGCGAACAAUGUCGCGGAGCAUGACAAUAUCACCUGGGCGGGACAGACGAUGGGCGCGUCUUACGCUUCGGACGGGCAACUACACGGACAGGUCGUCACUCAGACAAUCACAUGCCAAAACUCGCUCUGUAUCGUCCCCGUCCCAGCUCCCGCUAUCGCCGUCGUCUACCUCACGGACAAGGCUCUGGCAUUGUCCUCGCCUCAGCCUGCGAGCAAGUCCGCGUUCGAGACCACCAUCGUUGGUUGGGGAUCGGCAACAGUAGAUCCCAAGGUGUUGGAGACGAGCAAUGGGCAGAAUGGGCCUGCUGGGGAGUUGGGCCGGAACAACAAGGCGAUCAGCGGAGCGGGGAGAAGAACGGGGGCGCUGGGCGGGUUGAGCUUGACGAUGGGCUUGCUGGGCGUGUUGGCGGUGAUAUAG